AUGACAGGUUGUAACUCAUCUGGUGUAACAACACCUUCAUCCAAAAUUACUUUGUUAGAUGUCUCUAAUGUAGCACUACUUGUACUUGUCGAAGUCACAUCUGGCAAGGAAGCCUUAGAUGAAGAUGCUGAUACGUCAGCCGAGGGAGACAGACGGAACUGGUCAGUCGUCAGUGAAGACAAACUAGACGGGUCAGUCGUCAGUGAAGACAAACUAGAUGGGUCAGUCGUCAGUGAAGACAAACUAGAUGGGUCAGUCGUCAGUGAAGACAAACUAGAUGGGUCAGUCGUCAGUGAAGACAAACUAGAUGGGUCAGUCGUCAGUGAAGACAAACUAGAUGGGUCAGUCGUCAGUGAAGACAAACUAGAUGGGUCAGUCGUCAGUGAAGACAAACUAGACGGGUCAGUCGUCAGUGAAGACAAACUAGAUGGGUCAGUCGUCAGUGAAGACAAACUAGACGGGUCAGUCGUCAGUGAAGACAAACUAGAUGGGUCAGUCGUAAGUGAAGACAAACUAGAUGGGUCAGUCGUCAGUGAAGACAAACUAGACGGGUCAGUCGUCAAUGAAGACAAACUAGAUGGGUCAGUCGUCAGUGAAGACAAACUAGAUGGGUCAGUCGUCAGUGAUGACAAACUAGACGGGUCAGUCGUCAGUGAAGACAAACUAGAUGGGUCAGUCGUCAGUGAUGACAAACUAGACGGGUCAGUCGUCAGUGAAGACAAACUAGAUGGGUCAGUCGUCAGUGAAGACAAACUAGAUGGGUCAGUCGUCAGUGAAGACAAACUAGAUGGGUCAGUCGUCAGUGAAGACAAACUAGAUGGGUCAGUCGUCAGUGAUGACAAACUAGACGGGUCAGUCGUCAGUGAAGACAAACUAGAUGGGUCAGUCGUCAGUGAAGACAAACUAGAUGGGUCAGGGUCAGUCGUCAGUGAAGACAAACUAGACGGGUCAGUCGUCAGUGAAGACAAACUAGACAAACUAGAUGGUCAGUCGUCAGUGAAGACAAACUAG